UACUUCACUAGACGAAUUUGAUCAGCUCGUUGGGUUUUGGGGUUGAAGCAAAAAUCUUCUUUUGGUAUGUUUCAAUUUGGUGGCGUCGCAUCGGAGCCGGAGGGAGAUAUGGAACUAUGGGGAUGGAGAUGGACGAUGUUCCUUGAAUUAUCGGUCAUCGUUGCCUUCCUUUUUGGAGUAGGUUUAGUUCUAGCAAUUGUUGUUGAAACCUUCAAAAGACGAUUCAACCAUGCUCAUCUCGAAGCUCACCCAAUCUUUGAAGAUCCAAAUUCUCUCAAACCGGUGCGAUGCCCUUAUAUUAACGAUCCUGCAGAAAAGUAUAUUUCGUUAAUCAUUCCUGCCUUUAAUGAAGAACAUAGAUUACCUGCAGCUCUUGAUGAGACUAUGAAUUAUCUUCAGCAACGUUCAAGAAAGGAUCAGUCAUUUUCAUAUGAGGUAAUAGUUGUUGAUGAUGGAAGUAAAGAUGGAACAAAGAAAGUGGCAUUUGAUUUUGUGAGGAAAUAUAAAGUAGACAAUGUAAGAGUUAUUCUCCAAAGAAAGAAUCAGGGCAAAGGAGAAGCUAUAAGAAAAGGAAUGCUACAUUCAAGGGGACAACUACUUCUCAUGCUGGAUGCUGAUGGAGCAACCAAAGUUGAUGACUUAGAAAAGCUUGAAACACAGAUUCUUGCAGUUGCAAAAAUGAAAGGUGUGGAAGCUAAUGGUUUAAGUGAAGGAAUCGGAGAUAUCCCAAUUGUGGCCUUUGGUUCACGUGCUCAUCUAGAGAAAAAAGCUUUAGCCACAAGGAAGUGGUAUCGUAACUUUUUGAUGAAAGGUUUUCAUCUUGUGGUCCUCUUAGCUGCGGGUCCCGGAGUUCGUGAUACACAGUGUGGCUUUAAGAUGUUCACUAGAGCUGCCGCAAGGAAGCUUUUCACCAAUAUCCGUUUAAAAAGAUGGUGCUUCGAUGUGGAAUUGGUGUACUUAUGUAAAUCUUUCAAAAUCCCCAUAAGUGAAAUAUCAGUAAAUUGGUCUGAAAUCCCGGGGUCAAAGAUCACUCCAUUGAGCAUUCUUAACAUGUUGUGGGAGCUUAUUCUUAUGUCUUUGGGGUAUAGAAUUGGUAUAUGGAAAAUAUAAGCACCCAAACAUCUUGAUCCGAAAAAGAUGCUUAUCUUAACAGUAAGGAUGUCAAAAUUCAUCUGUCUCCACAUUUUGGGGAUACUGUAAUUUACCUCUCUCAUGUUGGUUGUGGGACCUGUAUGACUGUAUGGUAGUUGUUGUGGAGAGUUUUGAAAAUGAGGUGGAAGAGUUAUAUCAUA